UUUUGCGUGGGAAGGCAGGCGAGUUCAUAGCGGUAUCAAGAUGGCGGCGCGAGAGAGCUUGCGCAGUCAGCGGGCGCGCGGGACGGACCCGAAGAAGAUGGCCCAAGAAAUGAUGCUGCAUGUGCUACGGGAACUCGUAAAGAAGGACGCGUACGACUUCUUCGGCCAGCCCGUCGACACGUCCGCGGUGCCUGAUUACCUCGAGAAGAUUGCGACGCCCAUGGACUUUGCUACGAUCCAGACGAAGAUCACACGCCACGAGUACGAUAGCUUUGACGCUUUCAAGCUGGACGUCGUCAUCGUCUUCAACAACGCGCAAAACUACAACGUCGAGACUACAGCGUACUUUCGGGAGGCUCUCCGGCUCGAGGCGGCGGCGAUUGCGCUCUUCGUCGAGGCCGAAGCCCGAAUGGAUGAGAACCGCGCACUGUACAACCGGAGUGGCGCUUUUCCUUCCUCACAGACGCCGCCAAAGCGCCGGCGUGUAGCGAGUCCAACCAACGCGGCGACUCCGAUCCGGCGGCCGCCGCUGCCCGAGCCGCGGUCGCCCGACGACGCCAACACGCCCAUGUUUGACUUGGGUGUGCUGUUACCUGCGUUCGCGCCAACUGUUGCGGCUACAAACACCGUGGUCCAACCUAUCGAGAACGUGGCGAUGCCCGACGUCGAGACCGAGAUGCCCCAUGACUUCUUUCACGAUUUGACGCUCUCGGACCUCGACCACAGCGACGACGAAGCCAGCUUUGUCUUUGACGAUGUGGUGCACGCGCCGCCCACGCGCGCCAACGACGGCGAUUUUAUGUACGAUGAAGAAAGCAUCCAUGAAAUCCAAGCGCCGUCCCAAGAAAGCCUCUAUGCUGACGGCCUCAAGCCGUCGCAAGACGGCCCCAGUAAUCCUCUGCCACCCACGUAUGACAACGACGAAGUCUCGGACGCCGAGUCGGGUGCGGCACUCGAGUACAAUCGAUCGUGCGCAUCUUUGUCUCUAGAGGACAUGGCGUACUGUGCGCCGGUGCCGCACGUCGAGCAGCCAAACGUUCCGCGAAGAAAGAGCCCGCUCCAAAAAGAAAACCAAUUUCCAAGUGCCACGUUUUCGUCCAAGCCGCCGCCGACAAGUACUAGUAGUAGCGGUGGGAGCAACGGCUGGUUGCAGUCCAAACGAGCGGCCACGCAAGCGCCCAAGUCCCAGGCGCUCUGGCCGUCCACGGCCAAGAAGACGACCGACGAUGUUCGCGACCCCAACGACCUCUUUGGAGUCAAGGCGCGCCAGAAACGCCAGCCACGCCAAGUGCUCCUCGACAAAUUCAUUCAGUCGACGCCUAAUUAUUGACAACCUCUACUCUCGGCCAAACGACUCUCGAUUUUUCUUUGUCCCAUAACGUUACCAGUACCAAGCUGCAAGCGAGGCCAAUACACCAAGCGUUCAUUCAAGGCAAGUCUGUGGCGGAUCGGUGCCGUGCCACCUUAGGGUAAUAGCUACAACGUCCAAUGCUGGUCCUCAACGAUAAGUCCUCCGUUAGACGAUACGCGCCGAA